UGAAGUCAUGCGUAUGACUUAUCAAGAAUUAUAAAGUUUUUCUUAAUCAUGUAAUUAACUUAGCAUCCUUUCGUCAGGUACAUAAGUCGGACAAACCAAAAUGCUGACUAAAAAGGGAACUUUGUCGCUAGCUUCAAAACCCUGGCGAGAAACAGUGCAAUGUUUUCUAAAACAACAUUUAUCAACAAACAGUUGCAGUGGUGGAGUAAACAACACAAAUGUGAAUGAAAAAGUGAUGAAAACAUUGUUUUUGAGGGGAAGAUUUUGUUUAAAUGAAAAUUUUCCAACUGUAUCUGUGUGUAGAAAUAGAUGUAUUACUAUUAGAAGUACCAGUACAGCAACGAAACCAGUGAUUAAUUGUGAACCAAUAGCUCAGGUAGAAUCAAGUAGAUUUAAAAAUGAAGAAGUCCGUCCAUUUUCAGACUUUUUAACUGAUUCAUUCCAGCGCCAACAUACCUAUCUACGAAUAUCACUUACAGAACGGUGCAAUUUAAGAUGUCAGUAUUGUAUGCCAGAAAAUGGAGUUGAUUUAUCUCCUAAAACUGACUUGUUAUCUACAAAAGAAAUCCUAAAUUUAUCAAAGUUGUUUGUGAAAGAAGGAAUUACUAAAAUCAGAUUAACUGGGGGUGAACCAUUAGUUCGUAAAGAUCUGGUGGAAAUUAUAGAAGGUUUAAAUGAGUUGAAACCAAUGGGACUAGAAGCUAUAGGAAUAACAACUAAUGGUGUCACAUUAUCUCGGAAACUACCUCAGUUAAAACAAGCUGGUCUAGAUCAAAUUAAUAUCAGUCUAGAUACCUUGGUGCCUCAGAAGUUUGAGUUUGUUACUAGAAGGAAGGGGUAUGAUAAGGUUUUAAGGUCUAUCCACUCUUCCAUAGAACAUGGCUUCCAACCUGUCAAAAUUAAUUGUGUUGUAAUGAGGGGGUUGAAUGAAGAUGAAAUUUGUGAUUUUGUUCAGUUUACACAAGAUAAUAAUGUUGAUAUUAGAUUUAUAGAGUACAUGCCAUUUGGCGGCAAUAAAUGGAAUUCCCAAAAAAUGGUGACCUAUCAACAGAUGUUAGAUAUUAUCCAAUCAAAAUGGCCCGAUUUCUCCAAAUUAAAAGAUAAAGAUAACGAUACUUCUAAGGCCUACAAGGUACCAGGGUUCAAAGGUCAAGUUGGUUUUAUAACCUCAAUGAGUGAACAUUUCUGUGGUAGUUGUAAUAGACUGAGAAUUACUGCUGAUGGAAAUCUCAAGGUUUGUUUACAUGGUAAUGCCGAAGUAUCAUUAAGAGAUGCUAUGAGAAAUGAUUUACCACAAGAAGAAAUGUUAGAAAUUAUUGGUGCUGCUGUUAAACGCAAGAAGAAACAACAUGCUGGUAUGUUGAAUUUAUCGAAGAUGCCCAAUCGUCCAAUGAUUUUAAUCGGUGGGUGAUCAACUUUUAAACUUUUACAUAUAAGGGAAUGGAUGUUUUUAAUGAUUUUGUUAAUUCUU